AGAUAUGAUGCUGGGAAGGAUAGUGGGGAGAUGGAGGGGAGAAAAGCUCGAGGACUGUUUUCAACGUGUCGAGGAGAUCGGACAAGACAUGGCAAAGCAGGUGAAACGGUUCCAAACUGGUCUGAGGUGAGUUUGGAGAGUUGUUUUAAAGCCGGAGGUGGAAAGCAGCAUCGAGCAGCAGCAUUAACAGAGAGAACUGGUUUUGAUAGAGUCUAUGCUAGGCCGGUAGUACUUGAGUGCUAGUAUAGUGGUAGGGGUAGAGCGAUCUGUUUCGUCGUUGCUGGGGGCGGCGGCGGUGGCAGCGGCGACGGUGACGGCAGCGGCGACGGCGGCGGCAAGAAAAGUAAAGGAGUGGGGGUUGACGGCUCGUCAGAGACAAGCGAUCCUUUACAGUUAUAGUCAGUCCGGAUCGGGCGCUCGGUUAGCCGCGACUCUUUGCUGCGUGUUCUUUGUUGUGUCGAAUAGAAAAUCCAAGGAGGCAGGUGUAUAAUAAUACGUGAGCGUGCAGAGAGUACAGUGAACAGUGUUCGCGCAUUUAUAGUUCUUCCUUUCUCCCCUCUCUCUCUCUCUCUCUCUCUCUCUCUCUCUCUCUCUCUCUCUCUCUCCCUCUCCCUUUUUCUCCUUUUCAUCUUUUUCCCUAAUUUAUACUUCGUACAAGUGGCAGAAACUCUGGAAAAGGAAAUAGAGAAUCCAGCACGAUUAACGAAAGGGAGUAGCCACAUCGGGACGAGUGUCGGUGCAACAUCGAUGAAUUUAUAAAAGGGCUCUGAAAUGCGAGAAUGUUCUCUUUGGAAAAUCCGACAAAUGACAAAGAAGCCAAACGAAUAUAUUCUUAACUAAAAAAGAGAAAGGAAAAGAAGAAAAGUUCUUUGGGAAAGAUCCUCAAGAAAAAGUUAAUGUUAAAGAAAAUUUGUCUGAAAAGGAGAGAUCGGAAGAUUUUAUGGUGAAAAAAAAAAUACCCCCACCCCCUCCAAAAGAAAUCGGUGCAUCUUCUGGAAUUGAAAACUUGUAGAUCCGAGUGACCGAUGGACGUGACGGAAAAGUGACGCCAUCGACAUUGCGGAAAAAAGUCAGCUGCUAAAGCAGGUGGCUUGCGUCACGGCUUUUGUCAAGAUAAUGCGAAGCCUGGAAAGAUUGUCUGGUAGCGAUCAGGAUUGUGGUGAUCAGGAGAUGUACAUCGAUUUGGACGACGCUUCCGUUGACUCGCUUACAGGAAAACGGAGUCGCCAUCAUGUCGUUGGCACCGAGGUGGGCGAGGAGAGUGACAGCAGCGGUAGCGAGAGGAGCCCGAAGCAAGCGAAAAGAAGAAAUCGCGGUGGACCACCGACGACACGGAGGCGGAAGAGCGGAAUUUCUGCGCGCGAGAGAAACCUCAGAAGGCUCGAGAGUAAUGAGAGAGAAAGAAUGAGGAUGCAUUCGCUUAACGACGCGUUCGAGCAAUUACGCGAAGUAAUACCACACGUCAAAAUGGAGAGGAAGCUAAGCAAAAUUGAAACUUUAACAUUGGCAAAAAACUAUAUAAUGGCAUUAACGAACGUGAUAUGCGAGAUGCGUGGCGAGGAACAACCCUACACGUCAUUUCAUCUUUUGUUUCGAACAAACGAAGAUCUAUGUACAAUGUCUAUUAUAUCUUACGAUCAUUGCACAUUGUCAUCGGCAAGUUAAUUAUACGUACGACAUCGUACUUUACAUGCUUGACGGAAGGAAAGACGACGUUAAACGAACAGCAUGAAGUUUAAAUAUGGAACAUCGCAAAACGAAGAUGAAGACGAUUUAUGGCGAUUGUAUGUUUGUGCAGUCACUUAUACCAGCUUGUCUAUCCUACGCGUCUCUACUUCUUUUUUUUCUUUCUUUUUUCCUUCCCACCGGCGAAAGAGACACACGUGCUUCUAUUUUCAUUCUCUCUCUUUUUCUAUAUCUUUCCCAUCGUUACUUCAUCCUUUAUUAGUCGAUCUCUCGAGGAAAGGUAGCACGUUAACUUUUCCUCUCUCGUUCCUCUCACGUGCUUUACUGCCUGUUUUGAUCUACGUGAAAAUCUUCACGAUUUCGUAAUCGUAGUUACAAUUCGCCGUACAUAGCUCAUUCAUGUCAGCGGAAUUUCACCUAGCAAUAUAUUAAAUCUUUUAUCGCACGGUACUUUUUAACGAUUUGUGGAUUUUCAAAAAUACUUUAAAUGUACCCACGACUUAGGUGUAAUUUUUCUUUUUUUUUUUUUUUUUCAUAUUCAUGAUUUUUUUCCUACAACAAUCAUUAGAUUUCUCCUUCUUUUAACGUUAACGUUAACACUCGAUAUAUAGCUAAUUUAUCUACGUAAUAGUUAAACAAAAAUAAAACGAUGUAGACGACCCCUUGUAAUUUUUAUUUCUUCAUCGAUUUUCACCGUUAUUUCGACACAUAGUUUUCACGUGGUACGGAGAACCACUCGCGCUGAAACUCGUCUCUCCCAGCGCGCGUAUGCACGAACGAUCGAUGUGCAUGCCUGUCACGGCUUUCGUCGAUCGUUCGCAGAAUAAUCGAAUGCGUGUACUCUUUUUUUUUUUCUCGCGUUUCGUCGAAUCGUGCGAAAUUGUUCGAAUGUUUCCGCAAACAUCAGCAUCGUGCGUAUCAUAGUUUCCAUUUUUUUUAUUAUUAUGACUCCGACAAUUUUCUUUUUCACGAGUUCGUUACGAUUUUAUUUAUCUUGAUUACAAGAAUAAAAACUUUUCUUAUUUCAACUUGUAACAAGUUAAACAUCGAGGAAUGAAAGUGUGAUGAACAUUGAAAUUUUUCUUGCAAAUUUAUAAAGUUUAGAAUUUUCUCUCCUCUCUCUCUCUCUCUCUCUCUCUCUCUCUCUCUUUUAUGUUAGUCCGACGAUCGAUAACGAUCUUUAUACGCUCGAUAGCGUUUACAUGGUAUUCUCGACAUAGACCACAUUUCUUAAACUUUCGUAAGAAAGUUGCUCGUGGAUGGUACCUUUGCAUCGGUAUUCCUCUCGAUUAUCCACAUCGUAAUUAGGUCAAUCGACCGCUCAACCAUUCCUUCUUUCCGCUUGCACCGCUAUAACGGCAGAUCCGUGAACUCGAUGCUCGACUCGGUAUUCACCUUCGCGCUCCUCUUACCUUUCUAUCAAUUUCGGGAAAGGAAAUCGUACGAUUGAAAAAAAAAAGAGAAAAAAAAAGGAAAGAAGAAGAAACGUUCAGAAUGCAAAUAUCACGUCUGUAUAGUACAUAAACUCGUUUGAAAAUAGUCGAUAACGUUGAACGACUUAGCAAACAUGAUUUUUCGAUAAAAUCCAUUUAAACGAUGCACGAGUCACAUUAUUCGUUAUCUAACAAUAAGCCUUAAACUGAGACUCGAACGGAUAUGCCUGGAAAAUUUUAUUAUUAUUCAGAAGAACGUAUAAUAAAUAAAUAAAUAAAUAAAUAUAUAUAUAUAUA